UAGAAGACACAGUUCAACUGAGAAAACUUCCAAUGUGAGAAUGAAGAUCACUGUGUUUCUCUUGUUGCAGCUGGUCUGCUCAGCUCAGUCUACAGCGGAGGCAGAUAAGGAAAUUCUUGCAAAGCAAAUCGCGCUCCAGCAGCCCUGUCCACAGGACGUCCAUGCUGUGCUGAGAGAACUGACCGCCUCAGUGGCUCAACAAAAGGUGGAGAUGACGUUCUUACAGAAGGAGAACCAAGAGCAAACAGCAAAGCUGAAGACUGAGAUUAACAAUCUGAAGCAACAGCUUGAAGUCAGACAGGUGGCGUUCUCAGCCUCUCUGUUGGCUGAAGGUUCGGUGACUCUUGGACCCUGUAACACGUUCACUACUCUGAUCUUCAAACGUGUCGUCGCAAACAUUGGAAAUGCCUACAACCCAAACACAGGUAUUUUCACUGCACCUGUGAGAGGAGCUUACCACUUCGAGUUCUACGUAGCUGUGAUUGGAGGUCAAACAGCUGCUGUGUUGGUCAAGAACAAAGAGCGCAUUUUUGCAGUGGCUGAGUAUCAGUCGCCUGGUUUUGGGAGUUCUGCUCAAGGCGCUACACUGGCUCUAGAGGCUGGAGAUGUUGUGUUUGUUCAACUGUGGGCUGACAACAAGAUAUUUGACAAUCAAAGUCACCACACCACCUUCAGUGGUCAUCUGCUGUUCACUAUGUGAGAAGGAAACACUCCCUCUUUGAUAUGAAAGAUAUGAAAAUUAAAAUGUUGAAAAUUAGAAAUUCUUCAUCUGAUCAUGACAGACAAUCAUGGUGUAUGGGUAUCUUUUUCUUUUUUGAUUCAUUUCCCUGUCAUUUGAAUUGAACAAUAAACAUGUCAUUGCAGCAUC